AUGCCUGCAUCCGAUGAUCGAAUCACUCGUCCCACCGACCCCGACAGCCUGGUCCUCGAAGCCUGGGGUCAAGGGUUAAUGGUCGGCAGUCUCCUGGUGAUGGCUGCGGUCACGGUCGCCAAUAUGAAAAAGCACAUUCUUCUCCAUAAGUUGAUUCUCGCAGAGCUCCUCCUGGCCGUGGCCCACGGCACAUGGAUCUUCUCCAAAGAACCCAUCUACGGCUGGCACCUCUCUGUCAGCGCUAUUGGGCUGAAUGUCUCUUGGAGUCUUCACAACGUCAUCGCGUGGAUGAAGAACCGGCCCUUCUUCUCGAAGAGGGUAUCUCGCAUAUACAUCAUCACGGUCUGUUUGGCGCAGCCGUACUGGGUUGUCGAAAUCUACGCCAACUUUACAUACUUUAACAAUAUCAAUAAGAUCUUCUUGACUACUCGACCUCUGGAGCCGUUGUUUCGUGACCCAUGGUGGGUGCUGACCACCUGCUCCCUUUUCUACACGAUCAAGCGCGAGUACAACUUCGGCAUCACCGAGCUCGUCUAUGUGAGUCCCCGGUUCGGAAUCAUGCUCGCCUCAAUGUGUCUGUCCCUCGCCUUUGUCAUCGUCGACGAAUGUAGUGUUCUCGGCGCCUUUAAUAGUGCCUCGCUACCUUCGGGAGUCCAGCCGUUCUGGAAGCUGUCAUUCAUAUUCAAAUGUUUAUGCGAUACGGUUAUUCUCGAUGACUUCAAGACAGCUCUCGAUCGACUCAGAGCGUAUUGGUUCCGGAAGCAGGUUAGACGGGGAGACAUACUGCUCCAUGGAGGGCCGGGCUCGCAUCGGCUCGGUGAUCGUGCGCGUGCGGUUGAUGAGGUCGAAGACAUUGACCUUGAAGUGCACUCCAGCCAUGAACAGCAGGGCAUUAUACUGAAGCAUCCAGGAUCUGGGGACAUUCCGCGUGUAUAUACGAGAGAUCACAUGGGGCGUUCGCCUGUUUGA